GUUGGAUUGAAGUUGUGAUGCGAGUGCUGUACGGGUAGUGAGACUGCAGACUGCAGUGUGUGUUAGACUUGUGAGAGAGUAGUGGAGUAUAAGUGGUGUUGGAGUGAGGAAUAAGUGUGACAUUAGUUGGCUAUAAGUUGUUUCAACAAAUUGAUUGCCUUAAAAAUGCCCACAUUUGAGACCUUGAAUACGAUUGCAUUGCAUUUGUUUUACAAUUAAAAAGCCAUUCACACAGCCAGUGAAUCCCGUGCCACACAAAUGAUCACUUUAUAACCAAAUCACUGAUCAGUAAGUGGUGUCGUGUGUGGGUCCACACCAUUGCCCGGUUCUGGUGCUGCCCUUCAUCUCACAUAUCAUAGCGUUGAGACACAAGUGGUUUCUGUCCUCCAGAGUCCAUACAAGACAACGACAGUCACCACAAGAGUCUGUGAACAGCCUUUUAAAGUCAGAUGUCAUUUAUUAUAGUCGCAUUGAAACCGAAAUAACUUCGCUGUCGACAAUGACUGUCACCGCAAAUGUGACUAAUUCUGAGAUCUGGGAAAACAAUAAGAAAUACGCCGUCUAUAAAGUGGUCGUCAAUUGUGAUGACAAGACUUGGGUUCUCUACCGGAGAUAUAAUGAAUUCAGCAAAUUGUGUGAUUUAGUUAAGAAACAAUACCCGUGGCUGUCCAAGGACCUGAAGCUUCCGGGCAAAAAACUUUUUGGCAACAACUUUAGCAGCGAUUUCAUCAAAACUCGGCGCAAAGGUCUCGAUAGUAUGGUGCAGACUAUGCUUUCCGAACCCAGAGUUUUAGAUCACGCCGAAGUGCGAACUUUUUUCCAAUUGGAUCGGUUGAGUAUGAAGAGCAGUAGUGGUGACGAGGAUCAGGACAAUGAAGAAGAGUUGACUAUCACUGCCAAUAAUUGUAACAAAUUGAUAGAUUUGGGUCCCUCUGAGAAACAUCACGCGAAGGCCAGUGACUUUGAGUUCUUGAAAGUGAUAGGAAAGGGUAGUUUCGGGAAAGUAUAUUCCGCGCGACAUAAGGCCGAAGACAUAAUAUAUGCGGUGAAAGUACUCAAUAAGAAAAUGAUUAUAAAACGCAACGAAAAGAAUCACAUAAUGAGUGAACGAAAUGUUUUGCUCAAGAAUUUGAAUCAUCCCUUUUUGGUCGGACUUUACUAUUCGUUUCAGUCGCGAGAAAAGCUAUAUUUCGUUUUGGAUUACGUCAACGGCGGUGAGCUAUUUUUUCACUUACAAAAAGAGAGAUAUUUUGCUGAACCGCGCGCCCGGUUUUAUGCCGCAGAGAUUACCAGUGCUUUAGGGUAUCUCCAUUCACAGGGCAUAGUAUAUCGCGAUUUAAAACCAGAGAAUAUAUUACUGGACUCCGACGGACACGUAAUUCUCACUGAUUUUGGACUUUGUAAGGAAGGCCUUCGAGAACGCGACACAACGAAUACAUUUUGCGGAACUCCUGAAUAUUUGGCUCCAGAAGUGCUUAAAAAAGAGGCUUACGAUCGAACAGUGGACUGGUGGUGCUUAGGGGCUGUGCUCUAUGAAAUGCUCUAUGGAUUGCCCCCAUUCUAUAGCAGAGACACGGCUGAGAUGUACGACAAUAUUCUGCACAAACCGGUCAGACUUCGGACCAACAUAUCUCUGGCCGCUCGCAGUAUACUUGAAGGGUUAUUACAAAAAGAUAAGAAAAAGCGUUUGGGUUGUAUGGAAGACACCGAAGAGCUUAAACGCCACGAAUUUUUUAAACCAAUCAAUUGGGCUGAUCUCGAAUCCAAGAAUAUUCCGCCACCAUUUAAUCCCAAUGUGAAGGGUCACUUAGACUUCAAAAACAUUGACCCAGAGUUUACACGCGAAGCCAUACCGGCGUCCCCCCCAUUCUAUAGCAGAGACACGGCUGAGAUGUACGACAAUAUUCUGCACAAACCGGUCAGACUUCGGACCAACAUAUCUCUGGCCGCUCGCAGUAUACUUGAAGGGUUAUUACAAAAAGAUAAGAAAAAGCGUUUGGGUUGUAUGGAGGACACCGAAGAGCUGAAACGCCACGAAUUUUUUAAACCAAUCAAUUGGGCUGAUCUCGAAUCCAAGAAUAUUCCGCCACCAUUUAAUCCCAAUGUGAAGGGUCACUUAGACUUCAAAAACAUUGACCCAGAGUUUACACGCGAAGCCAUACCGGCGUCCAAGGGUCACUUAGACUUCAAAAACAUUGACCCAGAGUUUACACGCGAAGCCAUACCGGCGUCCGUUUGUAAGUCGCAGGGAAUGAGUGUGUCGUCCAGUCUUCCAGACAAUGCCUUUCAGGGCUUCUCAUACGCCCCUCCCGUCGAACUGUCCGGUUGACCGCUUAAUGAUGAGUACAACAAUCAUACGAUUAUAAUCACAACUUUGAGCUUAACUCUAAUCUAAUGUAAAUUACGGAAACUUCGCACACAUUCAAGAUUUUCUUCCAAUUAAAUACCGUCUAAUCAAUUAAAGUGCAACAACUAGUCGUCGAUUGUUUUAUUUAUAGUUAUAUUUUUCUACAAUUGAAGCCAUAUCUGCUGAAAGUGAUAUCAAUAUUCAAUUAAUGCUCAAAAUAUUUAAUUAUUAUAAAAAUCUAAUUUAAUUCUGUUAUAGAGUCAUAAUAUAAAGUCACGAGAAUAUAAAGUCCUCAGUACUCAUACUGUGAGUGCAAUUCAUUACAUUUGAUAAUAAUUUAUUAGAGUUUAUCGUUUAUUAUUUUCUACUGAAGCUACUAUCAAAAUUUAAACGACUAUUAAUAGCUAUUGUUUUACGAGUUAGUCUCAACCCAGACAACUUAUGCUGAC